AUGAAGUCAAAAGUACCGUUAGCGGGCCGUCGCGGCGAAGCUGACCCGUUGAAUUCAUCAAAGAAGAGGGCUGGCAAUGCCCAGAAGCCGGGAGAGUGGGGGCGUGCAUGGAGUGUCGAUCUACUGAGCAUGCUUGCAGUCCUCUUCGUCCUUUGCUGUUGCCCCGUGCUACCCAUCUAUUACUACAUUUCAUGUACAGAUUACCAAUGUGAACUGAGCACGCCAAUCACCAAGCUUGUAGCAGGUGACGUCACUUUGACGCAACUGUGGCAACAUGUCCCAAGUGUCACUGCUAAAGCCGCCGCGCUGUACGCAAUUUGGUUUACAUUCCAGGUUAUACUAUGGUACCUUCCCGACGUGUGUCACUACAUCAUCCCUGGGUAUCGUGGCGGCGUGUGUCUCGGUGCCGUCACCCCUGCCGGUAACCGUCUUAGCUACGGAGUCAACGGUCUCCAGGCUUGGAUCAUCUCCAAUGCUCUUUUCCUCGCAAACGCCUUCCACUUCCGCUGGUUCUCCCCGACGAUCAUCGUGGACAAUUACGGCCCCUUGCUGAUCAUGGCCAACAUCAUGGGGUACAGUGUGAGUAUCUUCGCCAUGGUCAAGGCGUACCUCUUCCCUUCCUUCAAAUCCGAUCGCAAAUUUAGUGGGAACAUCCUCUACGAUUUCCUGAUGGGGAUCGAGUUCAACCCGCGCAUCGGGAAAUGGUUCGACUUCAAGUUGUUCUACAACGGUCGACCUGGGAUAGUAGCCUGGACGAUCAUCAACAUGUCGUACGCGUGGAAGCAGUACGAGUUGCACGGACACUUGACCAACUCCAUGGUGUUGGUGAAUGGUCUCCAGGCUAUCUAUGUUGUGGACUUCUUCUGGAACGAAGCUUGGUACCUGAACACCAUUGACAUGCACCAUGACCAUUUUGGUUUUAUGCUGGGAUGGGGAGACUCAGUGUGGCUGCCGACCAUGUACACACUACAGGGCUUCUUCUUGGUCUUCAACCCAGUCCAUCUCUCGCAAGCAGCCGCUGGUGGCGUCCUUUUCCUCGGUCUAUCCGGCUACUACAUCUUCCGCGCAGUCAACCACCAGAAGGAUUCAUUCCGUCGCUCCGACGGCCAGGCCACCGUCUGGGGGAGCAAACCCAAGUACAUGAAGGUGGAGUACUACAGCUCAGACAACAAGAAGCGACAAAGCAAGCUUCUUCUCUCCGGUUGGUGGGGCAUAGCACGGCACAUGAACUACACCGGAGAUCUUAUGGGGUCGUUGGCUUACUGUCUGGCGUGUGGUGUGACCCAUCUACACCCGUACUUCUACAUCAUCUUUAUGACCAUCUUAUUGGUGCAUCGAUGUGUACGGGAUGAGCAUAGAUGUAAGGCUAAGUAUGGAUCAGCGUGGGAUGAAUAUACAGCCAAGGUGCCGUAUAGACUUAUACCAAUGCUGUUUUAG